AGCAGGCAAAAUUCCUUCUAAGUAGCUGCCUGCAACCAGAUUCCCAUUCACACCCCGUAAUUUCUCAUAUCUCACACUUUUCUGAUGUCUUUGUAUAUUGGCCGUUUGUCCCCUCGCAUUCGCAGAGAUGAACUUGAGUAUGUUUUUGGAAGGUUUGGAAGAUGUAAUGUACGAAUGAAAGAUGGAUUUGGAUUUGUUAUUUAUGACUUCCCUCCAAAUGCAGAGAAAGCACUGAAAGCACUUCAGGGAAGGAAGAUAUGUGGGGAACCAUUAACUCUUACAUGGUCAAAUAAACAGCCGAGAGGUUUCAAAAGAUUUACAAGGCAUGAUAGAGCCAAUGACUACCAGCUACCACGAGGCCGAGGUUCCACAAGACGAGUAGAUUUUGGUAAUAGAAAGUUGGAUUUAAAUGGUCAGAGAGAUGACAGACUGGGUAUUAUAGAAGCAGAGAGUGAAGACAGAAAACUUAAUUCUGCUGACUUGCUUAAUGAAGAGACAGACUAUCAUGAGGCAACUGAGAAAGGAUACAUCAAGGAAGAUCACUGUGAUUACCAGGAAGAUUUACCAAAUGAAGGUGGUCAUGUUGAAGACAAUCCAGUUGACAAUGAUAGGUGGGAUGGGAGAUGUAAUGACCUAAUAAACAAAAAUGGUGUCAAACAUGAUUUGGAAUCUGACCACUAUGAUACAUACAAGGGUUAUGAAGAGAAAGAUAAAGAUGAAAACCAACAACCUGCUUAUUCAAAUGGUUCUCCAACUCUACAAAGCUCCCAAGAGAAAAUUGGGAGAGUGCUGAUUGGGGAAGAAACUUUAAAGUCCACUGAUCAUACAAAAUUCCAGCAAAUUUGCUACAGCUGUGGUGGCUUGGGUCACAAAAGGCGAGAUUGUCUUCAUGAAAAUGGUCCAGGAAGAAGGUUAACCAUGUUCAGGGGCAAGCAUGAUGAUGACAUCGAUAGAAGAGGUAGAGAAGCUGAUGUGGAAAGAUUUGAAUCCAGUUCUCGGGGAAGGCUGCAUUCAGAUAGGGAUGCUCAAUCAAUGAAGCAACAAGAGAAUCAUAGAAAAGCAUCUGAUUCAGGAGAGGAUGGAAGGUUGAUAGGGACUGGGAGUUCCCUAGUUGGAGAAAAGGGUGCCAGGUCUUUGAGGAAGGACGAUGAUGGAAAGAGGCAUGAUAGGGGGAGCAGUGGAACUCCAAUAAAACAUAAUGCAAAAAAACCAAGAAGGUUUGUUUCAUCUCCAUCUGAUUACACUGCAUCUAGAGCACACUCAAAAUCUAAAUCCUUAAAGCAUGAGCCCAGGCCCGGUUCACAUUCUAGAUCAACAUCAACAUCAUCUGGAUCGGGUUCGUCAUCUCUUUCCAGGUCCCAUUCACCAUUGCACUGCUCUAGGUCCAGAAGUUGUAAGUUCCCCUCAAAAUCUCCCACAUCCGAGUCUUUAUCUGUAUCCCCUGGUAAGUGUUUGCCAUCAUCUUUAAACAAAGUGCAGUUAAAUUUGGAAGGCAGACUGGAGAAUUCUCUCCCUAUUGAAUCCAAGGAGAUUAUGGUUGAAGCACAAUCAUCAGAAGAUUCUGAGGAAUUAGAGAAUGGUAAUCUUGAAAAUGGGUUGGUGGCAGUAAAAAAUGGGAAUGUCGCCUUUCUUGCCAAACAAAAGUAUAACAAUGACACCAAUAUGACAUCUAGGGCAGUGGAUAACCUUGCAAAUCCAAGCAUACCAUUGUCAAAGAGAGGUGUGUAUACUGCUGGGGGUAUAUCUCGACAGUGCUUGGGGGAGAAAAAGGGUAGUGAAGAAUUAGAUGCAUCCAUGAUGGAAGAUAUGGCAAUACCAACUAGGAGAUCAGAUUUAGAGCUUCCCAUCAGUUUCUGCUCCUGCCGUUCGACUGGCAUAUCUUCAGACGAAAUGCACAUGGUUCUGAAGCAUUAUGGCCUAGAACUUCCUGCUGAAAAAGAGAGGCACUUGCCUGUGGAGACUUACUUUGGCUGUGCUCGCUCGUGGCCGUGGGAGAUUAUCUAUUAUAGGAGAUUGAAGAAGGGUCCUAUUUCAACUGAGAACUAUGCCAGGCGGGAAGCUCAAAAUAAGAAAUUUGGUAUUGUUGAUAAGUAUAUAAGAAGUAGUAGUGGGUGGGCAGAACUCAAUCACCCUGAGGAAGCUGUGUAAAUGUUGUGGUGACUUAGUUUAUGACUUCAUGUCAGAAAGAAAUUGAACACUCAGACAAUAACUUGCCUUUUGUCAUUCACAAAUUUCAGAUUUUUCAUGAAAAAGAUAUGGACAGGUAACCUUGCAGAAAAUGUUCCAACUUGUUACUCUUUCUAUACAAAACUUCAGCAACUCAUUUGGCAUUUGUCUAUUUUGUUUGCACAAAUUAAGUAUAAGUCUUGUG